ACCCGCAAACCAAUCAAAACCAGGAAGGAACUGUCAAUCAAACCAACGUUUGUCGCUGAGCUAGCGUUUGAGUUAAGAAAACAGGCAUUAAUUUAGAAUUUUCUGAAUUCAUGUAAUGGGUGGUGUAAAGCAAGAGCAAACUGAUGCUCCUGCAUCUAAAGACUCUCAACACACAGAUAAUGCACAAGAGGAGAACCAAUCGACUUCACAGCCAGUAAAGAAGCGAGGCUGGCCAAAAGGGAAGAAGAGAAAGAAGGUGUUACCAAACGGCCCCAAGGCUCCGGUUACUGGUUACGUGCGUUUCUUGAAUGAGAGACGGGAACACAUCCGAGCACUUCACCCGGAUCUUCCCUUCCCAGAAAUCACCAAGAGACUCGGAGCAGAAUGGAGCCGUUUGGCUCCUCAUGAUAAACAGCGGUACCUAGAUGAAGCCGAAAGGGACAAAAUGCAAUAUGCACGAGAACUCAGGGAGUAUCAGAAAAGUGAAGCUUAUCAGAUCACAUGUGCAAAAGUUCAGGACAAGAGAAUUAAGAGAGAGGAGUUGACUUCUGUCAUUAUCAAUGCCAACAGUUCAGGAUCUACAGGUUUUAAGAACUCAGACUUAACGACCAGAUUUGACGUCCCUAUUUUCACAGAAGAAUUUUUGGACCAAAACAAAGCACGAGAAGCGGAGCUGCGGCGACUGCGCAAGGCUAAUGUAGAGUUCGAAGAGCAGAAUGCGGUUCUCCAGAAGCACAUUGCCGACAUGUUCAGCGCUAAAGAGCGGCUGGAGGCUGAGCUGGGCCAGGAUGAGCUGCGCACGCAAGCUCUACAGCGCCACCUUCAGGCGAUCAAACAGACACUGCUCAACAGCCUGGCCACUGUGCCUUUGCCAGGCACGGGCGAGACACCAUCGAUUGGAACGCUGGACUCGUACCUGAGUCGCUUGAGUAGUGCUUUAGAGAGCAGGCCUCAUGAGCAUCGCGCCUUAGUCCUCAAGCUACAAGAGCUCUUGGCUCACCUAGACGGUGAGAAGCUUUGAAAACAUGUCUAUAGCUGUGGUGAGAUCUAAACGUCCCAAGCAUUUGGAAGGCCCGGGACCCCCAUGCUCUGCCUCACAAGGUGUAACGGGCCAUACGGUUUAAUUGGAUAUUUUUACUCGCCAAUAAGCUAAUUUGUAACACUGUUGGCGGCGGAUUCUAAAAUCAUUUACAUGUAAUCUAAUGCAUCAUAUUGCUGUUUUGACAAUUACAGCAGUUCAUUGAAAGACUAAGUCCAUUUAGAAUCACGGAAAGCAUGGUUUAAAGGCAUGCUAUGUUUUUUUACAAGGUAAUAUUGUCUUUAUUAAGUUGUAAUGAAAUAUAAAGUGCAGCGUUUUACAUUGGGUGACCUCUGAACCCUUGCUGCACACUGCUGUGGAUUGCAAGAACCUCUUGAGAAUUGCUCCAUGAAUUUUAUGAAUUUUACUCUAAACAUUGAGUAACAUUCCUCAUCAUUAUGUUUUCUGAAAUAAUAUUCCUCAAUAAUGUUUUUUUGUUGUUGCAUUCCAUUUUGAACGAACCAUAAGUCAGUUGGCAUUGCAAAGGGUGGUGAAUUCUAGCAUUAAAAUAUUUCAGGUGUCAAGAGUUUACACUGCUUUAGUGAUGUACUUGAAUGGAUUUUUUUGGGGGGGGGGAUUGUAUCAAUUAUUUUAAUAUGAAAAAAAACUUGUGAUGAAAAAAGAUAAAG